AGGCCAGGCCUAGCCCCGCCCUCCACCUCGCGGGGAUCCUGGGCCCCGCAGCCAGGGCAGAGGCCGGCGAAGGCGGGGAGCAGCUGUUUUCUAGCAGGGGCGGUCACGUGAGGCGUCUCGGUGUUGUGGGUGGAGACGAAAAGCUGCAGUAAAGGGGGGGGUCGGAUUUAACCGUCACUGGGAAGCGCGCCUGAGCUGGAUCGCCAAGAGGGCUGAGAUAGUGUAUUCCUAAGAAGAAAACAAUGGAUUGCAUAUUACUUGUUCUCUAAUUGUUUGGAUCAGAAAGGUACAGGUUUGUUGCUAAAGCCAAAAGAAGAUGGCAACGCCUUAUGUCCCAGUUCCUAUGCCUAUAGGGCACUCUGCUUCCAGUUUUGCAACCAACAGAAACCAAAGAAGUUCUUCUUUUGGAAGUGUCUCAACAAGCUCAAACUCUUCCAAAGGCCAAUUAGAAGACUCAAAUAUGGGUAAUUCGAAACAGACAAGUGUACCUGAUCAAAUGGAUAGUACUUCAUCUGUCUGUAGCAGUCCCCUCAUUAGGACUAAAUUUACAGGUGCAGAUUCUUCCAUUGAGUAUUCUGCUAGACCAAGAGAAAGAGAAAGUGAAGAGCAAAAUCCUGAAACAGUGAAUUGGGAAGAUAGACCUUCUACACCUACUAUCCUGGGUUACGAGGUGAUGGAAGAAAGAGCUAAGUUUACUGUAUAUAAAAUACUAGUAAAGAAGACCCCAGAAGAAAGUUGGGUGGUUUUUAGACGGUACACUGACUUCUCUAGGCUUAAUGAUAAAUUAAAAGAGAUGUUUCCAGGCUUUCGAUUAGCACUUCCACCAAAACGCUGGUUUAAAGAUAAUUACAAUGCCGACUUUUUAGAAGAGAGACAAUUAGGAUUACAAGCAUUUCUUCAAAAUUUAGUAGCUCACAAGGACAUUGCUAACUGCCUUGCAGUGAGAGAAUUUCUUUGUCUGGAUGAUCCACCAGGUCCAUUUGAUAGCCUAGAAGAAAGCAGGGCUUUCUGUGAAACUUUAGAAGAAACAAACUACCGUUUUCAAAAAGAACUACUUGAAAAACAAAAGGAGCUGGAAUCAUUGAAGAAACUGCUCAAUGAGAAACAACUUCAUAUAGACUCUCUAGAAAACAGAAUCAGGACAUUAUCUCUAGAACCUGAAGGAUCACUACUCGUGUCAGGAAUAGAAGGUGGACAGAUCCUAAAGGUGGAGUCCCCUGCACUUGAGGUUGAUCAGGAUGUCUUGGACAAAGAAUCUAGAGCUGAUAAUAAGCAAUGCUCAAGCUUUAGUGAACCUGAUAAUUCUGUAUCAGACAUAGAAGUAGCAGAAGUAGCAUAUAAUGCGGAAGACUAAUGCAUCUUAAGCGGUUCCUUCCAUUUUUUAUGUUUCUGUAAAUUUAGAGUAGAGUGGCAAAUAUUUAAAAAGAAAAAAAGAGACUGAAGCAUUUACAGAAAACGGCAAGAUUGCACAUGUAUAAAGUUUACAUAAAGUUUUUUUUAAGUUAUUGGAGUAAAAAAUAUAUUCACUGUUGCUUUAAAUUGUCUUUUAGCCAAUCUUUGUGUUUAAUACACUUAAAAAAAUCUGGAGUUCUGUCUUCAAGGCCCACAUCCUUAAAUACUGUGCAUAAAUUAUUUUGGUGUUUUGCCUGUAUAUUGCCCCAGACGAAUGUGGAUGUACACACUUGUUUGUGUAUGUGUAUAUAUGCAAGUCUGUUUAAAUCACCAGUUAUAUUGACUAAGUGGACAUAAAUUGCAAAUUGCAUGUUGUUAUCUGGGUUGGAUGUAUACUUUUUGUGUCUCUGACAUGAUACAUUUUCAUUAAUGGUUUAAAUCACUGAUAAAGAUGAAUUGAGUGUUAAAUACUUACAUGUUUAUCACCUCUAAAUAAAAGCUGCUUAUUUGGAAUGUUACUAUUUAAAAGAAGAAAACUUUCUAGUACCAAAGAAAACUCUUUGAAAGAGCUAUAAUAACAUAGCUAAUGAGAUAAAAUAGCCUUGAUUUUAAAAGCUAAUUGGUUUAAUGUCAAAAUACUAUAAUAAGUAUACCAGUGUAUUAUAUGUUGUACUUGUUUAAUUUCCACAUAACCUUUAUCUUGAAUCUCUAUUUAUAGAAUCAGUGGGUUUGCCUUUUUCAGAACACUACCUCUUUUUGCUAAUCAAGGCAUACUCUUUUGAAAAUAUAGAUUCUAAGCAAAUAGGCAGUUAUAUGAAAAAAAAAAAAAGAGAAAAAGCCAUAUAUCCUGCAGAGUUCCUAUGUCAGUUCCUGGCAUUGCAGUUUUGUUUCUGUAUAUGUGAAUAUGAUGCUAUAAUGUAUUGAUGCUGGUUUUCAUAAUAUAUUUAACCAAGUGAUGCACUUUAUGAUAAUUAAACUCUUUUGUGCCAACUUUAAUUGGUGAAUUUCUUUAGUAAGUGGAGUUAGGAAAAAGAUGUAGUGCCUUCACUAUUUCACUUUUUACAGAGGUCUCUUUAGGGCCUGUGUGUCUGCUUUAUGAAAAAAAAAUGUUUAUUUUAGCUUUGCAUAUAGUUGUUGAAAGUGCCUUGUUUCAUUUUUAUAGUAUGAAGUUAUUCGUUUAAUUUGUGUUUCUACUGUUUUGCAUAUUGCUAUGAAUAACAUUGUAAUCAUGCUAGCAUUUUGAAAUCACAGUUGAUAUACUGAACUACAUGUGCUUUCUAAAAACUGAAGGGAACUUAUUAGAGAAGUGAAAUGACAAUCUCCGUUUUUUUCUUCACUAUCUAAAAAUUUAGUAUCUUGAUAUACAUAUUAAGAUAUGGUGGUUAAAAUUCUACUGACAUAAACUAAUAGAUACUAUGGCUUUUGUUAAGCUUUGAUCUAAAAAGGAGACUACUUUUUACCAAAGUACCAACAGUUUUAAAAGUCUUCAUCAAAAUGUACAGGUAUGCUCCAUCUCAGAAUAUUUUCCACAAACUGUAUUAGAAAUAUGUUUACUAUCCUGGCAGACAGAAAGAAUAUAAUAAAAUGAUCUACUUGUUCAUUUCAAAAUAUUAUUCUAGACUUUAAUGUUUUUAAAAGAACAAUCAUUUAAAUUAAUAUCAUUUUCAGUCUGAUAAAACAAGAUCAUCUUUGUUAAAUACCAGAUAUUAUAGGGCUGCAUGCAUGUCUGUUUUAAAGUGAACCAUACAGUUUCCAAAUUUGGCCUUUCAGGAGUUCCUGCUGUGGCACAGUGGGUUAGGGAUCUGGUAUUGUCUCUGUGGUGACUGUAGUUGCUGCUGAGGCACAGGUUUGAUCCAUGGCCCAGUGAAGUGGGUUAAAGAUCGGCAUUGCCACCGCUGUGGCCUAGGUUGCAGCUCUAGCUCAAAUUCGAUCCCUGGCCUGGGAAUUUCAUAUGCCCAAGGGGGUGGCCAAAAAAGUCAGAAGAUUAUAUUUAAAACUUUGAAUGUGUGAAGAACAACUUGUUAAUUAGGGAAACUACUAUUAUUUAUAUUUAGAAUUUACUUUUUUUUACUUUUAUAAUGCAUUUUAUUCCCAGUGUUAUAUUCAUUUAAUAAAUUAUUUUUUCAAUACAACAAUAGCUGUGUUGUUCAGAUCUUGAAUACCAUUUUUCCCCUUCAGUUUCUAAGUUCCUCUUCCUAUCCCUUAAAAUUAUUGUAAAUUUAAUUAUAGUUAACUGCUGCAUUUCACAGAACGGAAUGAGUCUGUGAUUUUCUCUUUAAGUUUACACUUUAUAUUUCUGAUCAUUUUAAGUCUUUGUAAAUAGGUGCAGUGCACUUCAAAUGUACCUAAUGUUAAUAAAGAAUUUGAACAUAAA